AUGGAGGAAUAUUCUGAUAUAUUCGCCAAAAAUAAUAUCGAUGGCAAUGAAUUGUUGACUAUGGAUAGCGCAAGGAUAAAGGUGGGUAAUGCAGGGCAGGAAAAAAGAAUUUUCUUCCUGGGAGCACACAACCUGGAGACAAAAAUUUCCUUCAGACUAACGGAAUAUUUUUGUGCUAAAUUUCCAUGUGCAUAAACAUAUAGUGUUCUAGCUGACCAUGGUUUUAAAUUCAAGGAAUAAUGUCUGUCAACCAUAUGUUGUUGCGCCCAUAGUGGGACAUGGGUGUUAAGGUUUCCUUCAAAUUUUCAAUAACAAAUCUUCAUUCAAACAAAUUUCCUACAGCUGUUUAACAUUUCCUGUUAGCAGUGCUCGCCUAUUUUUUAUGGCCUAAUGUACGCGUAUUUAGAUCGCAUGUAAGAAAAGUGUUUUUGAAAACAACAUGAUUUCUCCAGGUAAAACGGUGUCCUGGAUUUCGUGGCAUUUACGUCUAGGGAGAACAUUUCGUCUAGGAAGAAAAGAACAGUUGAGAACUGAUGUACAGUAUAUAAAUAAAGUUAGCUUAGUGUAAGGUUUCAUAUCGUAGUAGAACUAUUUAAGAACUGAUAUAGAGGUAUCAAGUAUGAAUAAAGUUCGAAUAUAAGCAUUUCAAUGUAAAUGUGAGCAAUUUCUUAGAAUAAUUCACCUCAUUCCAGGCUAUUGGUGUCCAACCGAAGCAUCAAAAAGUAUUGAAAAAGAAAUUAAAAGAACUCAGAAGUGAAAUGGAGAAGCAAGAAAAACAGAGACUAAAGAAUAGAAAGGGAUCAAAGAAAGGAAAGAAAGUUCCAUUUUGGAAAGGGAAGUAUGAUGUCUCUGCUCAGCAGUGA